AUGUUUUUGUUUGCAUCCUCCCUAAGUUCAGCAGCAAGCUCUGAAGAACUUUUCCUCCUAUCUGCAAGGGAUGCUCUUUUAAAGAUCUAUUUAUUCUUUUUUUCUUUCUUUUAUUUGCCACAUUUGCCUUUUCCCUCUUAUUCUUUUCUUUCUCAAAAUAUUAAACAUCCUUCUUUCUUUCUUUCUUUUUAUUUCCGUCAUUCACUUCUCGUAGUGAUUUCGUUCUUUCUCUUUCUCGGUCCAUUGUUUGCUACAUUCAAUUUUCAAACUGAUUUUUCCUUCCCUUUAUUUCUUUCGAUUGUGAUUCUUUCUUUAUUUCUUUCUUUUCCAUCAUCUCUUUUUCUCCACCUUCAUCAAAUGCCUUUUGUUAUCGAUUCUUUCUUUCUUUCUUUCUUUAUUUCUUUCUUUUCCAUUAUCUUUUUUUCUCCAUCUUCACGAAAUGCCUUUUCUUAUCGAUUCUUCCUUUUUUUUCCUUUGUUUGUUUGUUUGUUUGUUUCUUUCUUUCUUUCUUUCUUUUCCUUUAUCUCUUUUUCUCCACCUUCACCAAAUGCCUUUUGUUAUUGA